CCAUGUUGAAUAGAAGUUGUUGUGAAAUUGUUGAAAAAGUUUUCUUAUCAUAGGAUAAACAACGCCGAUGUACACUUGAAAUGGUGAAAAAAGGAUUGUUUAACAAGUUUAAGCUAUGGAGAGGUUUUAAAAGAGGCUGACAGAAAGGCAAAAAGGCUUGUAGCAAACAAAAUUAUUUUGAUUGACAAAGUCUCUAGGGGCUCUUCGUCAAAGUUGAAUGAGCGAAAUUGAACUUAAAAUGUCUUCUUCUGCCAGAAAUAGUUAUAGUCCAGCGAUGGAUAAAGCAUGGUUUCACGAUACAAAGACUGGCUGCGAAAAACAAGCGCAUUAUUUUGUGCAGAUACGCAAACUUCAAGAUGAAUUGAUCCACCGCGAACAACACAACUUGAUCAACGCGAUGGAACGUUUGAAACAACUGACUUACCCUCGCAAACGGCCUGUGAUUCGAAACUUCGACAUUGAUGCAUUAUCGAAUCCUGCAUCUAUUCGAAAAUUUCCCGCGAGAAACUUAAACUUGAGGAAGGAGGCCAAGCACAGAUCUGUACAAGCAAAAGAACAGCCAGAUCUGAACCCUGUUUCUGGGAAGCCACUGAUCAAGAAAACAGACAUCAAGAAACCUGAUGGCUCGGCUUAUCGUCAUUUCUUUGCAAUGCCACCACUCCUCAAUGACAGAGACAUAGCAAAGAUUGUACAUAAUGCGAACAAUGCUUUUCCUUCUGAACCUUCGACUUACUUGCUUCAACCGCAUUUACCAUCUAUUCCCAAUGUAGGACGAAAAACAGCCUUCGUGGCUGACAAUAGGAUGAAACUUCUGACUCUAGCCGAAUCAGAGUUUUGUGAAGACGGGGAGGGUAGCGUCAUUGCAAUGAGGAAACAUCUGCAUACAAGAAAAUCACAAAGAAGGAAAAAAAGUUCAAAAUCCACACCACAUGUUAGUGAUAAUGUUCCCAUUGAAAACACAACAAAGAGAGGAAAUGUUUUGUGUUUUGACGUUGACCCAAAUGAUACCAGUCUAUUUUCUCACUGUCUUGAAGAGAAGAAAGAAGAAGAAGAGGCAUUUGAAACCACUCCUCUGCCUCCACCAAACUCAAGGCCAAUUACAUCAAAAUCAAAAGUAAGUUAUGUUUUGAAAAGUGAACGAGCAAAGAGAGUUAACAAAGCUGACACUUUGAAGAGUGACUUAGAGGUAGUUUGUCAUGAAGAUUCAAAAAGUCAAGAUGCUGUGGAAGGAUUAGCAAGUGCAAACAAUGAAGUUCUGGUCAAAAUGCCUGAUGUGGUUAUAGAAUCAUGAUACUAAUGAAUCUGAUACGAAAAAUUCAGAGGCCAAGGACCUACUGUACAAUCAGAUUUAGUUGGAAAUGGCUCUGAUGAAGUUAUCAAUAUUGUACAGCCUGUUGUAACAAUCACUAAUCAACCUGUACCAGCUGACAAUAACAAGACAGAGGAAGGACUCUGACAGGAUCAAAGGGUUCUUCUCAUUUUCUUACAACAUAUUUUGUUUGUAAAUUGUUUUAAAACAGUCACAUCCCGGGAGUCAUUCUUUAACCAUGAAACUUCCUUUCACUACAUGAAGUUAGUAUUUAAUUGACAAGUGAAACUGUACGCUGCUCCAGAACAGACAAACUCAUUUCAGCUAGUGGGUGUCAUCAAAAUAAAUUACCUUUCACUCCUUAACUCUGAGGGGUGAUGAAAACAGAAUUUCUCCUUAUAAUUCCAAUACAGUUUCAAGCAGAAGGGUGUUGAGAAGAUAGAAACAUAUCAAUUAGCAGAUAUAAUUAAUUUAAAUUUAAUUUAAUUUAUUAGAUUUGCCAAGAGACAGGGACACCGCAACAGCUUGCGCCAA